AUGGAGACAGAGGACGCAGCAGCACCAGCGAAAGCUGCGGCCGGAGAUGAAGAGCAGCAGAGCCAAACACCCUGCGCAGCAAUGCAAACAUCCCUCGCCCCGCCUGUUGCUUCCGGUGCUGCAGCAGAAGCAGCAGCAGCAGCUGACGGCGACGACAAGGCCGAGCAAACAGCCAAGCGGCAGCGGCUCAGCAGCGAACGAGAAGCAAAUAAGGAAGAGACAGAGGAGCAGACAGCUGGAGGUUCAGCUCCUGAGGCGGCACUUAGCGCUGAAGAUAGCCGCUUGAGGCAGUCUCCUUACCCAGCUGUAGCCGCAGACCCGCAUUCCAAUUUUGCACAAACAGGACAGCAGCAGCAGCACCAGCAGGAGCAGCAGCAGGAGGACGAAGCUGCAAGGACAGAGGGCGGCUGCUUUUCAAGCGGUAUGCCCGCUUGGGUUUCUGCUGCUGCAUCUUCUGCUGCAGACAGUGCUGCUGCAGCAACUGAGCCUCAGCAGGGCUUUGGGGGUCUCCACUUGGGUGUCUUUUUCGGCUCUGGCGGCGAUGCCGAUGCAGUCAGUAGCGGCAGCCUCAGAUGCCCUGACAUAUCAUCAGGGCCCCCUCCGCAGCUCAAUACCAGCCUGGAGGCCCCAUUUGGGGGCCCCCCAGCGCCGCCACAUGCGCCGGACCCUCAAAGCGGGGGCUCCGCCACUGUUGAUUCCACCAGCCCCUCAGGGCUAUCCGCAGAUACUUCCGACUUUCCGGGGCCCCUUGGGGGGGCCCCAACAGCAAUAGCCUCGCACGGGGACCCCACAGGGCACAGUUCAAGGGCAACAGGAGGCCCCCUGGAGGCACCGCACUGGCCAGCUGCACAGGCGGAGGCAGCAGCAGCUGCUGCCUCCGCUGCAGAUGCUGAAGCUGUUGUCGAUGCAGCGGAGCCAGUAGAAUUUCGAGCAAGAAAGGGGCAAGCUGAGGCAGCAACUGGAGCUGCAGCUGCAGCAGCAACAGCAGCGCCUUUUGCACCUUUGAACUCUGAGGCAGCCGGGGAUCCCCCUGCGACCAACCCGAAGGCUGAAGGGGAUGGCCAGGGGAGCAGCCGCAGCAGCGCUGGCGCCUCAGCAGAUGCAGCAGCAGCAGAAGCAGCAGAUGCUGCAGCAGCAGCAGAAGCAGCAGAUGCAGCAGAUGGAACGAGUGGAGAGUCAGUGACUGUCUCGGCGGAAGAGGACCUUUAUCAUGUAUCUUCAUCUCCACUAGGAGCACCCUCUUCUUCUUCUUCCCCUUCAUCUUCUGCUGCUGUUGCGGGGGUGACAAAUGGCAGCGCGAACAUCAGCAGCGAGGAAGGCGGCAGCAGAGGGAGAGCAGAAGAAGCGGCAAGCAGCAGCCGCUGGCCGCGCUUACCUGCUUCGGCUUGUGUAGAGAGCCGGUCUAGCGGGGCAGCGAGGAGCGCUACGGAAAGCAGCAGCAGCAGCAGUAGUAGUAGCAGUAGCAGCAGCAGCAACAGUAACAGCAGCGGUGCCGGGGCUGAAGUGUUGGUGGCUGAGGAGGAUGGUGUGGGGGAGGUGAAUGAAGUGAUAGAUCUCAGCGCCUCUGAAGCUGCUGACUCCGAUGCAGCAGAUGAUGUUUCCGUGCUGUAUGUGGACACGGAUGCUGUUUGCCGUGACAGGAGCUCUGGCGGCUCUGCUGGGGGGAGCGUAGCAGCUGGGGGUGCGGGGGUGCAGGGCCCCUUAGCUAGCCCUGGGGCGCUGCAUGGGAGCUCCUCUGCUGCUGCAGCAGCAACAACACCAGCAGCAGCAGCAACAGCUCAAGCGGCAGUUGUGCUGGACUCAGACGACGAUGAUGUAGUGGAGCUUCGGUGCCAUCACGCUGCCCCUGCGCCGUCAUAUGCGCCGCACGGUUAUGUCUGGAGGGGUCCCAUGGGGCUGCAGCCGUAUGGCAUGGGCCCCCUGCAACUCGUGCCUUACAGUCGACCGCCGCUGGGCGUAGAAGAAAGGGAGGAGGAGGAGACAGCCAGCAGCGCGGCGCUCCCCCGCUGCCCCAUUUGCCUCAAGAAAUACAGACAGCAGCAGCAGCAGCUGCAGCUGCAGCAGCAAGAAGGCGACAACAGCGAGCAAAAACCGGCAGAACGGAGGCAGGGCGGCAGUGGCGACCCUUCAGAAGCUAAUGCAGAACACCGAGGGGCUUCAGGCUCUCCUGGAGGACACAGCAGUGCAGAUCACCCGCAGCAGCAGCAGCAACAGCAGCAGGCGCAGCAACAGCCGUGGCAGCAGCAACAACUGUUGCAGGCUCGCGCUCCUUUUGGGGUGCCGGGGGCCCCGUUAGGUGGAUCUGUACCACAGCCUGAGAGCGACCAUGUGGUGGCACUGCGAUGCGGCCAUGUGUUUUGCAAGACAUGCAUUCUGGCAGCGCUGCGGACGCGGCGGCAGUGCCCUGUGUGCCGCGUUGUGCUCAAAGGCAACAAGCCGUACCAACGCAUCUUCCUUUAG